AUGUUAGUUUAAGAGGAAGAUUAUUUAUUUGACACAGAGUUCACUAUUGCUACUAAAACUAUUCAUAAAACUUGUGAUUAGACCUAUGGAGCUGUAAAUCCUCCUAUUUACAUGAGUUCAACUUUUGAAUUAAAGGAUGUAGAUUCAUUUGGAAAAGGAUACUUUUACACUAGAUGUGGUAAUCCUACUAGAACAGUAGUAGAAGAGAUAGUAGCAGAAAUAGAACAAAACAAUUAUGCAAUAGCAUUCAGUUCAGGAAUGGCUGCUAUUUAAUGUGUGAUCAAUUUGUUAAAAGAAGGAGAUGAAAUGUUAGCAAUGGAUGAUCUUUAUGGAGGAACAAUUGGUUAUUUGAAAAGUAUUGCAAUGGAGAGACAUGGAAUAAAAGUUAAAUUUGUAGAUAUGACGAAUAUCGAUGAAGUCAAAAACCAAAUGAAUCAAAAUGUCAAACUUAUUUUCUUAGAGACACCAACUAAUCCAACUAUGAAAUUAACUGAUAUUAAAGAACUUUGUUAGGUAGUGAGAUAAAUUUAAAAUAAUGUAAUUGUUGCAGUUGAUAAUACUUUUGCUACACCCUACCUUUAAACACCUACAGAAUUAGGAGCUGAUAUAACAUUAAACUCAGGCACAAAAUACUUAGGAGGACAUUCAGAUAUAAUUUUUGGUACUCUGAGUUGUAGAAAUAAAGAAUUAUAUGAUAACUUAUUUAAGAUCUCUUAUUUAACUGGGGGAUGUCCAAGUCCAUUUGAUUGUUACUUAGUUACAAGAAGUUUGAAGACUCUUGAAGUCAGAAUGAAAUAAUAAAUUAAGAAUGCUUAUAUUUUAGCCAAGUAUCUUGAAGGUCAUCCAAAAGUAGAAAAAGUGCUCUAUCCAGGAUUAGAGAGUCAUCCUCAACAUGAUUUAGCCAGAAAAUAAAUGAGAGCAGGAGGUGCAAUGAUCAGUUUUUAUAUUAAAGGUGGAGCUGCUGAAGCAGAAAAGAUGAUGAAAGGACUUGAAUUAUUCACUAUGGCUGUUAGUUUGGGUGGAGUAGAAAGUAUAAUCUUAUUUCUAUUUUAGGUUUAAUAUAAAUCCCAGCAAAAAUGACUCAUUCAGGUUUAACUGAGGCUAGAAGACAGGAGCUUGGAAUUACUUAAAAUCUAAUAAGACUUUCAGCAGGUUUAGAGCAUGUUAGCGAUCUAAUCAAAGAUUUAGAACAUGCAUUAAAGGAUAUCUGA